UCAUUCUGCUUUGAUAUUGAUGGCGUCUUAAAAAAGGGCUCGUCUGUGUUACCAGAAGCGAAAGAAGCCCUGAAGAUCUUGAGCGGUCAUAAUAACGAGGGUCAUAGGUUCCCCUUCAUAUUAUGUACCAACGGUGGAGGUCUACAUGAGUCCGAUCGCUGCCAAAAGUUGACUAAUGAGCUCGGCGUUCCCAUCUCUCCAAGGUCACUUAUCCAAUCACAUACCGUAUUCAGUCAGUUCGUCCCGCUGUACCAUGAUAAAGCGAUAUUGGUAGUAGGUGGCGCGAGUGAUCGCUGUCGUAAGAUCGCCGAAGCUUACGGUUUCUCCAAGGUAUACACUCCCCAAGAUUUCCUGCGAUGGAAUUCAGCAGUAUGGCCAUUUUACAAACUGUCCGAGCGAGAAAUUUCCAAAACAAAGGCAAGUCACGAAGAUAUGUCCAAGAUUCCCUUCAGCGCCAUAUUUGUCAUGCACGAUCCUUUUGACUGGGGCUUGGCAACCCAAGUUUCGAUCGACCUGUUAACAUCGGCAGGCGGGAUCAUCACAGAUCCGAUCAAGUUUUCGAAGUGUGGUGAUACCUUCCAUCAUAUACCAAUUUACUUUUCUAACCCAGACUUUAUCUGGGGCAAUGAGUUUUCUCGACCACGCUUUGGACAAGGAGCAUUUCAGAUUGCACUCCGCGAGAACUACCGAAGACUGACCGGCCAGGACCUGAAGGGCUGGGUCGGUGGAAAGCCAUCUCGUGAGACAUACCAAUUUGCCGAUCGCUUGCUAAACGAUCUUGCCCUCCUGGAGGGUGAUGGAGACGACAAGCGAAAUGGGAAUGUUUAUAUGAUCGGAGACAACCCUGCGUCCGAUAUACAAGGUGCAAACAAUUAUGGCUGGAAAUCGGUACUUGUACAAACAGGAGUCUUUACUGGGAAAGAGCCCACUGACUCUGAGUUCCCACCUACUGCUGUACAACCCAAUGUCUUAGAUGCUGUCAAAUGGGCAUUGAUACAAGAGGGAUAUCGUAUCUAG